CUACAAGUAAAGACAAUGAACACCAAUAAAAACAGUAGUUUGACAAAUAAAUAGCAAUGAAAAACCAAUAUAAGAGUGCAAAAUAUUCAAAAUAAAUAAAGUGAACACUACAAAAGAGUUAACUAUUGUACAAACAACAUCUAUAGGCUGCUGUAGAAACUAUAGCUCACCACCAUCCAACAUCAGUGAGAAAGUCCUCAAAAUCUGUACCUCCUCGAUUUUCUUGAAGCAAAAUUCAAACAUCAGCGUGUCAACCUCAUGGUUUCUUCUACUGAUGGCAAGUCCAGUGAGGCGGUCUUGUGCCAUAGAUGAUCGCAGACCUGGAGCUACCCACUUGGUGUCUGAGAGGGAGAGAGGGAGAGAGAGAGAGAGAGAGAGGGAGAGAGAGAGAGUUAAAAUUAUCUGCCUAAAGCCAAUCCUCCUCAAGCUGAUCAGUGCGCUGAAUGGACUAACCAGCUUGUGGACCUCAAACUUCCAGGCAGGUUACAGCACUCUGAGAUCUCAUGGCUGGUUAGAAGCCGAAGUUAAAGGGAUUAUUCUUGGCUGUCGAACACAGGAGGUCCUGGGAGCCAAAAGGGAUCACCUGGCUGGCGGCAACCCAAUACCUCUUUCCCGAGACAGCGGAAGAACCUAUCAGGAUACAUCAGCUGAGCUCUCCCGGCUUGUCAAACUGCCAUGGAGCCAAAAAGCCUUGUGUGAUACCCACAGGGUCGUUUUGAAGGCAAACAACUAAAGAGUUUGGCAGCGCCCUUUGUGUGCUUUUGGAAUAUUGCCUUGGAGUUUGUACUACUCGUCCUCUAAAAGGAAUUCAUGCUGUCUGAGGGGAGAUUUUAUUGGCACUUUUAUUGUUGACAUGAUUUGCCCCGACAUUUUCCAAUUCGACACAGAUUUACUCCAUUCAUGGUGGUCAUCACAACAAAGCUAAGGCCUGGGAGGAUUGUUAUUUAUCAAGGAAUAACUUGGACACCAAUCAAAUAUGGCCAGAGACAUCAGUCCUCUGAGCCUCAUGCCUUUGUCUGCAAGGCACCAGCAAUUGGGCGGCACCUCUCUGGGGUUUUUCUUCUCCUUUUUCCCCCUACGUCCUCUAAUUUUCUACUACUUCCUGUCAUGUGCAGCAGCAGCGGGCAGUUUGCCAGGCAUAGAAUAUGACUAUGGCAUUAGCCCCAAAUUUGUUUGCACACCAAUCCCCCCAGAUGCUGACCCCAGCUGCUACUCCCCACCCAGCGUGCCCCAUGGACCGAGCAGUAACGGCCACAGUAACGGCCACAAUGGCAGCAGCCGGAGAGCCAUGAUGUCCGACGAGGCUAAAGCCACCAUCUUGCACAUGCGUGAGAGCCUCGUGAGGCAGAAGGAGACCAUCCUGGACCAGCGGGAGACCAUCAGGGAGCUGACCGCCAAGCUCACCUUGUGCGAGGGCUUUGGUGGUCACCAUGGUCAUCAUGAGAACCACCACAACAGUCACCAUGAAAACCAUCAUGACAGCCACCACGCCGAUCACCAGGAGCAUCACGGCAGCCACCACCCUUCUUCAUCGUCGUCGCACCAUGGGCCUUCGGCGUAUCACAGCAGCGAUCACCACUACUCCCACGGCAGCCACAGGUCGGACCCCCACCACAGGAAGGGCUCGUCUCACAGCAAACACAGCUCCUUCUCUCCAGAACAGACCGGAAAGACCCUGCAGACACUGAAGGAGAGGCUGGAGAACUUACAGGCGAGGAAUUCCUCCAGCUCUUAUUCCAGCUCUCUGAGAGAACUCCUCCAGCGGAAGAUCAAUGCUCUGGAGGAGCAGCUGCACAGCUACUACAGGGAUCACCAUGACUACGGUCACCAUAACGACCACCAUGGAGAUCACCAUGACGACCACCACGAUGGCCAUCACGGCAGCAGCCACUACGACGACCACCAUGACGACCACCAUGGCGACCACCAUGGCGACCACCAUGACGACCACCAUGAUGACCACCACGACAACCACCAUGAUGACCACUAUGGUAUUGGUCACCACGACGACCACCACGAAAACCAUCAUGGCAACCACCCCAGUGGCCACCACUACAACCAUCACAGCAGUCACCAUAAUCGGCAUCACGACCACCAUUUUGACCACCACUACGACUUGCACCACAGCCGGCACCACAGCAGUCACCAUGGCAGCCAUCACAGCAACCACCAUGGUGACCAUCAUGACGACCAUCACGACAACCACCACGGCCACAACGAUGGUCACCACAGCAGCGGUCACCAUGAUGAUCACGGUGACCAUCACCCCCACCACAGCAACCACAACAACCACCACGAUGACCACCAUGAUAAUCACCACGGCAACAGCCACCAUGACAACCAUCACGGCAGCGAUCAUCACCCACUGCGGCUGCCUUUCAGCAGUAAAGAGACGAGUCUGCGGGGCUCGGGACACAAGCUGGAAACAGUGCUCAGCCAACUGCACCACGGCAACAAUGACCACGGAACCCACAAGAAGCUAAAGAGUCCCAGCGCUUUCCUGCUCGACUUCCCCAUGAGGACCAACUACAUGUAUGCCAGGAUGAAGCGGUCGGUGGUCAACGAGAUCUUCGCCCUGACCAUCUGCCUGCGGCUGAAGGCAGGAGCGGGUCCCGGCAUUGGUACUCCCUUCUCCUACGCCGUACCUGGGCAAGCUAAUGAGCUGGUGCUCAUUGAAUGGGGCAACAACCCUAUGGAGCUGCUCAUCAAUGACAAGGCGGUGACGUUGCCAAUCACCAUGACAGACGGGAAGUGGCAUCAUGUUUGCGUGACGUGGUCGACACGCGACGGUGUCUGGGAGGCCUACCAGGACGGGGUGAAGAAAGGCUCGGGUCAAAACCUCUCAGCCUGGCACCCAAUCAAACCAGGAGGGACCUUUAUUCUGGGGCAGGAGCAGGACACGAUGGGAGGCCGCUUUGACGUCACUCAGUCCUUCAUGGGAGAGUUAUCAGAUCUCCAAUUCUGGUCCAGAGUCCUGACACCCAAUGAGAUCUACAGCCAGGCAACCUGCGGAGGCCACCUCGUUGGUGACGUGAUGUCCUGGUCGCAGGAAUCACUGGAGCUCCACGGCAGGCUCACCGAGUUCCCCUUUGACCCCUGCCACUAAGUAUGGACACUGGUACCCCCGCAUCCAGCGCUGUGGCAUCAUCCCAUGUAACUGAUGAUAUGACUGUGUCAAAAAAAUGGAUGGAGAGUGGAAAAAUGUGAUUCCGUCAUGAAUGAAAGAUGGGGGGGAAUAAUUCAUUUCAUCGUUUGCUCUGGUUUUUCGUCAUAUUGGUCUGCAGAACUUUAAUAACACAAAUACAGCCAUGAGCAACAGUAAGAGCAAGGAGUCAUUUAGCUUUUUAUAUAUAUAUAUAUAUAUUGCCAUUCCUGUCCGAUCUCUCUGCCUUCUCCACCUACAGCCUAACUUCCUCGCUCCAAUGCUCUCAGCAAGUCGACUUUGAAGACUCCAAAGAGCGCAAGGGCUUUGGAUUUACCGGCUGUGUGGUCAUGAUUGCGGCCGCUCUGAGGGAUCCAACAAACAUAAUAGGAUUUCCUUCCAUCAGAACAAGUCCAAAGGUUGCUUGCUGACAUCAGCUCACCUGCACUAACUUUGUUUUGCUCGUUAUGUGAGCAACAUAAACAUUGCAGAAGGUGAAAGAGUGACUAAAAGGCACAGGAUCGCUUUUAAAUCAAGCCACACGGAGACCCUGAGCCAUGAUUGUCCCUUCAUGUUGCUUUCAAGUGUUUAUUUUCAUGUGACAGUCAGCACAACAUAAUGAAGUCACUUUUGCACAUUGAGAUUUUAGCUGUUUUAUAAUAGUAUUUCAUAUUGAAAACUCUACAACAGACUCUUUUUGUGGAAAGAAAACAAAAUUUGCUUUUGUGGCAUCCAGAAAAAAAUAUGUAAUACUUGUGUUAUGUCUUCUUCAUAACUGUUGCAUUUUAUCAAUGCAGGACUGAGUAUGAUGUUUUAAAUUUUCUGUGUCUCUCUGUGUAAGCGGAUCUGUGUCUCUAUUCAAAAGUCAAACAGGCGUUACAUAAUAGCGCCACGGCUCAGCGUUAGACAUGACAGACUGCGGCCACGAGCCACCUGACUGCAUCGGCGCAGGUUAACUGUCCGUCAACGUGUCACCGCGGUAAUGCUGAUGUCUUCUCAGCAGCCGGUGGCUUACAGUGGGAUUUAACUGCGGUCAACUGAUCUGAUCCUGCCUAUUUCUGUGCUCGCACCAGUCCGACCAGCUUUAACCACAUGACAGAGACAGACACACCGACACACACACACACACACAUACGCACACUCAUACCUGCUCAAAGGAGAUGAAGAGGUGAAAGGUUCUUCAUUGUUAACUGUCUGUAGGUGCACUUUCAAGUUUUUAUAACAAAAAAAAAGGGUUUUGUACAUGUAAAUGAUAUCAGAUAGUCUGUUUUUAAUUAUUUAAAGGAUUUAUUAUGGUAUUUCUCACGUUGUAAAUAAGUAAUUAAGUACAUAGCACUUUCUCAACCCACUCUAUGUGGGUUAUAUGUUUAUUAUAACCCUAUCCCCUUUGAGUUAAACUCAGAGUCCCUCGUACUGUAUUGAACUCUUUAUUGGUAGUGAAAUGGGGUUGCCAUGGUGAUAGAAUCUCUCAGCAUCAGGACCACAUCAUCCCGACAGUGUCGCGCUACAGCUGUAAAUAUCCACGAAAGUUCCUUCGACUGUAAUGCCAAGACGAGCAGCACUUUGAAACCAUGCUCCUGUUUUCUUCUCAUGAUAGUGGGCCAAAUGCGCGUGACAUGUUUUUUUUUUUCUUUCUUUGUAUCCUAUUUUGUUUCCCCUGUUUUUGUUACAUAGACUUCGGUUCAUACAUCCCCUUCCUCCUAAUGAACUGUGUAGUCUGUAAACUGAAUGUUUAUAAAAAGAAAAUAAGAAAUACAAGACUUGCUUAUUCUCGCCUUUGGUGUACAUUUUAAUGUUUGAUAGGUUAUCUUUUUUUUUGUUUUGUUUCGAUUGUUCUUGUGUCUUUGGCUGUAAAUAUACAAAGUAUUACUGUGUGUUCAGUCAACUGUCCCUCCCUCAUGUGUAAGCCAAAACUAUAAACUGAAUUGUAAAACUUGGAAGAGGAAAAAAGAAAUGCACUAUAAACGCUGUCAAAUAUUUGUAAAUA